AGAGCGGGGUCCCUCUCCCCUUCCCUCUCCCCCCACACUGUUGCUUCCUGGUUUUUGACUCCCACUGGGAUGACUGUGUCUUCUCUCUCCCACAGCUCCAGGCUGGCAGGGAUGGCCUGAGUCAUUGCCGCCCCUGGUGCCCAGCCUCUCCUUGCGUCACCUGUGUGCAGACAAGAACCCCAACCAGAGACAGAUGUUGCUGUGCCUGUCACCCGAUGCCAGUCAUCGGGUUUCUCUCCCUCCCUUUGUGAGGGCCAGCCCAGCUGGGAGCGGGAUGCAGCCUCCUCGGGCCUCACCGCCACUUCCUGGGAGACUGGCAAGCGGCAGAGCCUCCCCUCUGCGGAAGGUCCCACCCACUGACUGCCGCCCCUGUCAGGGUCCCUUCCCAGAGCUUACACCUUGCCCCACCCAGAGUCUGGGCCCCCGCCGUCUGCCUGUUCUCCUGAUCCCUUCCUUCUCAGGCCAGAGUAGUGUGACAAGCCAUGCUCCAGUGUCAGACCGGCGCGGGUCUGGCCAUGUGUUCCAGUCCCGCCUCUCCUGGCUCCGGGACCUCACACAGACUUGCCCUCUCUGAGCUGAGCUGGCCUCCCCUUAGAAAAUGGAGUCGUGACUCUGCCAGCUUUGGGUCUCCGAGCUGGCUGAGAGAACCUGUGCCUGGAAAAUCCUCAGCAUCGUGCCUCCUGCAGACCCAGUGUUUCUCAUCUUCCUCACUGGCACGGGGAAGAGCAGACUGGAGCAGCGGCUCUGAUGACUGCCAUCUCCAGGGUGGUGACGCACGGACACACGUGCAGAAACCGUCACAUGAUGUGGAAGCACCUGCCAUCCCUGUUGACGAGUCUCAGGCCCAGAAUGUGACCGUGGAUGAGGUCAUCAGUGCCUACAAGCAAGCCUGCCAGAAGCUGAACUGCAGACAGAUCCCCAAGCUCCUCCGGCAGCUCCAGGAGUUCACAGACCUCGGACACCGCAUCGAUUGUCUGGACCUGAAAGGUGAGAAGCUCGACUACAAGACCUGCGAGGCCCUGGAAGAGGUCUUCAAGAGGCUGCAGUUCAGGGUCGUGGAUCUGGAGCAGACGAACCUGGAUGAGGAUGGUGCUUCGGCCCUCUUUGACAUGAUUGAGUACUACGAGUCGGCCACCCACCUCAACAUCUCCUUCAACAAGCACAUUGGCACCCGGGGCUGGCAGGCCGCUGCCCACAUGAUGCGCAAGCAGACGAGCUGCCUGCAGUACUUGGACGCCCGAAACACGCCCCUGCUGGACCACUCCGCGCCCUUUGUGGCCCGCGCCCUGCGUAUCCGCAGCAGCUUGGCGGUGCUGCAUCUGGAGAACGCCAGCCUGUCGGGGCGGCCCCUCAUGCUGCUUGCCACGGCACUGAAGAUGAACGUCAAUCUUCGGGAGCUCUACUUGGCCGAUAACAAGCUCAACGGCCUGCAGGACUCGGCCCAGCUGGGCAACCUGCUCAAGUUCAACUCCUCCCUGCAGAUCCUGGAUCUCCGGAACAACCAUGUGCUGGACUCAGGUCUGGCCUACAUCUGCGAGGGCCUCAAGGAGCAGAAGAAGGGGCUAGAGACCCUGGUGCUGUGGAACAACCAGCUGACGCACACUGGCAUGGCCUUCCUGGGCGUGACGCUGCCUCACACACACAGCCUGGAGACGCUGAACCUGGGCCACAACCCCAUCGGGAACGAGGGCGUGCGGAACCUCAAGAACGGCCUCAUCAGCAACCGCAGCGUGCUGCGCCUUGGCCUGACCUCCACCAAGCUCACGUGCGAGGGCGCGGUGGCCGUGGCAGAGUUCAUCGCCGAGAGCCCCCGCCUCCUGAGACUGGACCUUCGGGAGAACGAGAUCAAGACGGGCGGGCUCAUGGCACUGUCCUUGGCCCUCAAGGUGAACCACUCACUGCUGCGCCUCGACCUUGACCGUGAGCCCAAGAAGGAGGCGGUGAAGAGCUUCAUCGAGACGCAGAAGGCGCUGCUCGCAGAGAUCCAGAACGGCUGCAAGCAGAACUUCAUGCUGGCGCGCGAGCAGGAGGAGAAGGAGCAGCGGCUGCAGCUCUCCGCCUCCAUGCCUGAGAUCACCGUCACCGAGCCCCAGCCCGACGAGGAGCCCGGGGACGAGCCCGCCACCAGGGCCCAGGAGAACGGGGCCACGGGCCCUGGUGCCAGGCCGGACUCAGACUCAGACUCAGACUCCGAGGAGGAGGAUGGGGAGGAAGAAGAUGAGGAGAGGGCUGAGGCCCCCUGCCCCGCCCUGGUGCCCCCCUCGGACUCCCUGGGCUCUGGGGACAGGAGCCCCCCAGGCAGCCCCUCCUCCCCCACCGAGCAGCGUAUUUCUGUGUCCAGCCCAGGCCGGGGCCACAAAGUGUUUGUGGUGACUCGGGUGGAGAGCCCUCCCGAGAGGGCAGAGCCCCCGGUUCCCCCCGUCCCUCUUCCCCCCCCUGCUCCUGCUUGUCCUCCCUCCCCACCUGCUUUAUCCUCCCUGCCCGCCUCACCCGCCCUGCCACGGGCUGAGGCCGUCGGCGCUCAGGACCCAGGGGUGUUGGCGCCUCAGUCACAGCUGGAGCUGCCUCAGUCAGGGCCACCGCUGCCCAACGGCCUGAAGCCUGAGUUUGCCCUCGCACUGCCCCCAGAGCCACCCCCGGGACCUGAGGCCAAGGCGGGCAGCUGUGGCCUGGAACAUGAACUGAGCUGCUCCAAGAACGAGAAGGAGCUCGAGGAGCUGCUUCUGGAAGCCAGUCAGGAAUCUGGGCAGGAGACACUGUGACACUUUAGUUCCUUUUUUCCGGUCAGUCUUCGAUGAGCUGAGGCCAGAGCCAUGAGAAUCUGCUCACCCUCACCCCCAGCCCCAGCCUUCCUGAGGCCUGGGCCACCAGGGGUGUGGGGGGCCUUCCUGGGGACCCCUGCCCCCCACAGCAACACUACACAGAGCGCAGGAGCCGCAGGGAUUGGCCUCCCUGCCCUGUCUUAAGCAGUAUCUCUGUGUCCAGCACUCGAAGGCUCUGGGCUGGGGGGAUGGGAGGAGCGCUCUCUCCGAGGACAUCAGCCACAAGGCUGGACGCCUUUUCCAGAUGGCCUGUUUGGCCAGGCUUGCCCCGUGGAGGGCAGGAGUCCUGGGUGGUGGUGGGAUGGCCCCCGGUGUCCCUGGGUGCAGCGCCAGGCAGGAGGCAUGACAAGGGAGGGGCGGUGAACGGUGGUGGUGGAAAUUGGUAGAGCAGCCCCAGGCAGGGUGAGGGCCAGGGCUGGGGGUGGGGUGGGGGGGAGCUGGGAGCAGAGGAUCAGAGCUUUCUUUCUCUUAAGUGCAAUAAAUCUAUCAGGGAGCUGGGGUGGGGAGCAGCCAGGGUUCUAGAGACCCUGCUGUCCAGGCCCCUUGAAGCUGCGCCCUGAGAGGCACUACAACCCGUGGCGGGGGUGGGUGGUGUAGGGGGGGGGUACAGGUGGGGGGGUGGGGGAGGGGCUACUCCUGUU